AUGCCUGCUGCCGUGCACCCAUUCGAUUCCGCCAGGGACUACGAGAUUAGAUUGGCCACCAAGUUGGUCAAGGAUGCCCACCAGGCUUCCGACAAUGUUCACUUUGUUCAGGUUGACAGAUGUGACCCUCCAAAGAAGGACAUGAUCAGAUACUUGGAAGCCGAGAGACACGGUGGUGACUUCCCAAGAAUUCCAAGAGUGUUCUACUGUUACUACUACACCAACACCUUGACUUUCAACAAGGCCUUGGUCAACGUCACUGCUGGUCACAUCAUCACCAAGACCCCUUGCCUGAGGGCUCAUUGCCUUGCCCACCCUGCUGUCAUUGCCGAGGCCGAGAAGUUGAACUUGCCAAAAGACUGCAAAGUCAUCACCGACCCUUGGAUCUACGCUACCGACGAUCCAAAGGAGAAGAGGCCUUUGCUUCAGUUCUUCAUGUACAUCCAGGCUAACAACGGCCACACCGAGUCUAACCACUACUCCUUGCCUUUGAAGUUCUCCCCAGUUUUCGAGGCCUACACCAAGAAGUUCGUCAGAAUGGACUUCUUGCCAUCCGGUUACGACGGCACUGUCACCCCAACCCAGGCUUGGAAGAGAUCCAAGCCUGCUGAGUACCACCCAGACUUGAACGGCGAGAGCUUGAGAGAUGUCAAGCCAUUGUUGGUCAACCAGCCUGAGGGUCCUUCUUUCACCAUGGAGGGCUCCAAGGUUAAGUGGCUUUCUUGGGAAUUCAGAGUCGCUACCACCGCCAGAGAGGGUUUCGUGCUUUACGAUGGUUGGUUCAAGGGCAGACAGGUGUUCUACAGAAUCUCCUUGUCUGAGAUGACCGUGCCUUAUGCCGAUCCAAGAGCUCCAUACCACAGAAAGCAGGCUUUCGACUUGGGUGAUGCUGGUUUCGGUGUUACUGGUAACUCUUUGAAGCUCGGAUGUGACUGUCUUGGUGUCAUCAAGUACUUGGACGGUAUGUUCACCGGUGGUAACGGUGAGCCAUCUGUUAUGCCAUCCACCGUUUGCAUGCACGAGCAGGAUGAUGGUAUCUUGUACAAGCACAUGAACUACAGAACCCAAAACUCUGUUGUUGCCAGAAGAAGAGAGUUUGUUGUUCAGACCAUCGCCACUGUUGCCAACUACGAGUACGCUCUUAACUUCAAGUUCGUCAACGAUGGUUCCAUUGACUUGGAGGUCAGAGCCACUGGUAUCUUGUCCACCAUGCCAAUCGAUGACAACAUGACUGUUCCAUGGGGCACUGUCGUUGCUGAGAACUGUAUGGCUGCUUACCACCAGCACAUCUUGUCUUUCAGAAUCGACCCAGCUGUCGAUGGCCACAAGAACUCCGUCUGUUACGAUGACGUUGUGAAGAUGCCAAGAGACAAGAACAACCAGUACGGUAACGGUUUCAUCACUGAGAGAACUUUUGUUGAGAAGGCCGGCUCCGUGAAGCAGUCUCCAUUCACCAACAGAGCUUACAAGAUCAUCAACGAAAACGUCAAGAACCCAAUCUCUAUGAGCAACGUUGGUUACAAGGUUGAGAUGCCUGCUAGACAGAUGAUCAUCUCCGACCCUGACACCUACAAUGUCACCAGAGCUAAGUUCGCUACUGAGCAGCUCUGGGUCACCAAGUACGGUGACAACCAGUUGUUCGCUGCCGGUGAGUUCACUAACCAGUCUCAGACUGACACUGGUCUUGGUGUCUGGGCCAAUGGUACCGACGAUGUCAGAAACGAGGACUGUGUUGUCUGGCCAACCCUUUCCUUCACUCACAUUCCAAGAGUGGAGGACUUCCCAGUUAUGCCUGUUGAGAAGCACAGCAUCCACUUGGUUCCAUUCAACUUCUUCGACAAGAACCCUGGUAUGGACCUCCCACAGGCCAACAACAACUUCAACAAGUCCACCUUGGCUAACGUUGGCCUCGACGAGAACAAGGCUUGCUGCAAGAGCACUCUUUGA